AUGAUGCGACUUUCGGCAUUCAAUACACUUAAGUUCCUGUCUUUUACCAUGUUAGUCAUUCACGAUAAUUUGAAAAUGCUGGUCAUUCUCUCUUACGUGCUCGUCUUUGCGUCUUUUCUUCAACAUUAUACAGCCAUUGCUGCACCGGGAGCGGCACUUUCCCCCUCAAGCUCUUCUGUUGGUAUGGGUAGCACUUCGUCUUUUGGCGGCAGUGAUAAUAUUCCUGGGCACCAUUACCCUACACGAAGACCUCAACAAAAAAGUUUCAUAGCAACAAAGAGUAAGAUUUGGGAUAGAAAGGAAGUAGAACAACAAAGCACAAACAAUGCCUUGCGAGCUCAUACAGCCGUUCUAACGACGGCCGGUAAUGCAGCCGCAGGAGUUGUGAAAGCAGGGGUUAAACAUUUGGGUAAUAAGAUGAACGUAAAUGCGACGCCUGAACAAAAGGCUUACUCGAGAAGUGUGUUGAGAGAUGCAAGACGUAAUCUUGUUUCAGCACCGAAACAAGUUCAUAAGGAAGCUUCAGAGAUGUUAGAGAGUAGCAGGGUAAGAAAACAUAUCGCCGUGCAUGAUUAUCACCAAGCAAGAAAGGGCGCAAAUCCUUCUCAUUUAAACCCUUAUACAAGGGAAGAAAAUAAUAAAUUAGCAUCAAAGUAUCAUAAAGAGAACAAGGAUUUUUACGCAAAAGUACAUGCUAAAAAUCAUGAUUUAAGUCAUCCGGGUACUGUUCAAGGCCAUGCUGUCGGAUAUCCGAUAGGCGUUGCAAAAAAGGUUUAA